AUGGCCUUUCAAAAUAGCAAGGAUGAGAACAACUCACAGUGUAACCCAGCCUUGUCGUCGGGAGUCACUGGAGCGUCACCGCAGAUGUCCGCUAUUCAUGAUUGCUUGCGGUCAAUUACCGGUAAACUGAACAAUAUCAAUGUUUUACAGCAAUCAGUAAAUAAUAUGAAUCGGGACCUAUGGGAUGAGGAUGGGUUAGAUGAGCGCAUCAAAUACAUUGGUCAACAACAUGAAGAUAAUGUUGGAGAAAUCGAGACGCUGAAAUUAGAAAACAAUUAUUUGCGAAAAGAGCUUCAAGUUUUAAAGUCAAUCAUCGUUAACUUAGAUAGAAGGGUCAGUCAGCAAGAGAAUGAAAUAGUGGACCCCAGAGGAAGAUCGAUGAGGGACAAUAUUCUUGUACAUAACUUAGCAGAAGAUGACCAGGAAAAUCUGAACACUAGAGUUAGCGAGUUGAUCAAGGAGCAUUUGAAUUUGGAAGUUGGUUUCAUCAGGAUACACCGAAACGGUCAGAAAUUCCCUGGCAACCCGAAACCAAGGACAAUAACAGGAAAAUUACAGAACUACAAUGAUAAAGAACUCAUCUUCCAAGCUAUUCGUCAAAAAUAG